CACGCGUGUUUGUUUUGAUUGAUUAUUCCGAUUAUUCGGAUUUUCGUUUUAACCGUAGUUUCGUAUCGUGACUCGUGUGUGCGUUCGUUCAGGAUGGCCGAAUCCAAACAUCCCAAUCCGUUCCGGCUGCCGACGCCCAGCUUCGGCGAGACCACCAAAAAAUCCAUCGACAGUUUCACCAAACUGCGGAAUCCGCAUUUUUCCACCCCGUCCGGAAUGUUGCUGCCGCGGGAAAAGCAACCGCCGCCGAUGUACGGACCGCGUGGCUCGACCGUCCCACCCUGGUUGGUGGUCAGCAAGGGACAUCAGCACCACCAGCAGCCUGGUCCCGGCAAGGGGCAAUCCAGUUACCAGCAGCCACGAUUCAGAGGUCCGCCUCGGGGAGGUCAUCACCACCACAGUGGUUUCGACAAGGACGUCAUCCCGGAACUGCUGGAGGUGGACUGGAACUUGUGGUGCGAGGGCUGCGACGUAAAUUGCAAAACGGAAGAGGAAUUGCGGCGGCACUUGAGCCAACAUCGGGCGUGUGAGGUCGAAGGGUGCAAAUACGUGGGACAUCCGCGGGUGAUGAAGCGACAUUGGAGGUUGGCGCACGACGAGGAGAAAUUGAAGGAAAAGGCGCUGAUGGAGAGCAAAGAGGGUCCCGAGGACGUUGAAAAGUGGAGAAAGGAAAGGCGAAUGAGGUAUCCUUCGAAGGCGAAUGUUUUAAGGAGAAUGCAGGAACAGGAAGAGCGGUUUAAGCGAGGAGAGAGAAUAGAGGAGGAUAAGUCGAGGUUUCCGAACAAGAAGCAAUGGGAACCGAGUCAAAGGAAGGAUAACGUGAAAGAUUCUAGAAAUACAAGGAGGAAACGUCGAGGGCACAAGAGGGUUGAGGAAAUCGCAGAAACAGUUGGAAGCGAAUCAGACUCCGAUGAAGAUGUUAAAUCUAGAAUCAAAUUUAAAGGAACAGCAGAGUUGAAAGACUACAAGGAAAAACAAAAGAAUUCGUUGUCUCUGCUUUGUGCCUACGGAAGCGACAGCGAGGCAUCUACUGAAGAAGAAUCAGCUGAAGAGUCCACAGAUGUCGUCGAGAACACCGAUUCUGCCUGUCAGGAAUUAGAAACGACUGUAUCGACAGAAACAAUUGCUUCAACUGAAUCGCAUUUAAGUGAAGGAGAAAUCGUAGAUUCUGAUUCUGAGAACGAGCUUGCAGAGGAGAAGGAACAUGUUCCGGAACAGAGUACAACCGUCGCAGUCGAAGACAACGUGGGUGAAAUAAACCCAGAAAAUGAUGAAGCUGAAACGAAGAAGAGGCAUCGGACACAUCGCAAGAGACGAGUUGACGCUUCCGAAGAAGGACCUUCCGAUCAAAGCAAGACUCCCCGAAUUGACAAACCCCUGCUAGACUACUCCAAGCUCUGUCACGCCCGAAAAAACACCCUCCUGGAGAAACUCCUGGAACCGGAAAUUCGGCAUGAAAGAAAUGUUCUGCUGCAGUGCGUACGAUUUGUAGUGCAAAAUAAUUUCUUCGGUAUCGGUCAGCCGAAAGCUUCGGCUGCCGAUAAUCAGUUGGACAAUCAAGAUUAAAGAAAAAUAAAGUAAUAUCGUUUUAC